CACUAAUGUGUUUAUGUCAGUUAAUAAGGAUUAGAGUUCUCUGAAGCUAGGUCAGUCUUACGAGCAUCUGCAGCAUGGCAGUGUGGGAUUACUGUUACUUAGUCCACACACAUGCAGGUACACUGUUCACAAUGUCACAUAUGAGGCCAAAGACAGCUAUUUAUUCCUUAGCAAUGCUGUACACUAGUUAUUACUGCUACUGCUCAGAUGUAAGCAUACAUCCAAUUACAUGCAGGUUCCUAUCAACUUGCCUCAGUUAACCUGUGCCUGUAGUUUAGUUUGCUCACUAGCAGUGUAUGGUCUCAGUCCACUCUCUAUCCUCUGUCUGUAUACCCUAUACGUUAUGACCUCGCUGAUUCCAGUGCCAAAGCCCUCAUAUUCCCAGGCCAGGGAAACCCUGGUAAAGGCUAUUCCCCCAAAGGUCAUCUGCUUGCUGGCCUGUGGGGGAAGAGAUUGCCGCUAUGAGGGGCCAGUGUGCUGGAGACCAAGCCAACAGGCUAUUAAGGGCCUCUUCUCUAGUUGGAUGACUGACGACAUUGUUGCUAUGGCAAGGCCAUCUACUAAUCUCAUUAAGGCAUACAACAUAAUAGAUCAGUUUAAAAAGUUGAACAUUAAAUCCAUCAUUAAUAUGCAGCUGCCAGGCGAACAUGCUCACUGCGGUCCUGACCUGGAGCCUGACAGCGGCUUCACAUAUUCACCUCAGAUCUUCAUGGAGAAUCAGAUUUACUUCUAUAACUUUGGCAUGGCUGAUUUUGGAGUGUCGCCUUUGGAGGGGAUUCUCAAUGCAGUGAAGGUUUUGGCCUUCUCUGUGCAGGAGGGUAAAGUGGCUGUACACUGUCACGCUGGACUAGGCAGGACAGGAGUGCUGAUUGCAUGCUACUUGAUCUACACAUUAAGGAUCAGUGCUAAUGAGGCUGUGCACUAUGUACGGAUAAAGAGACCUUCCUCUAUUCAGACACGUGCCCAGAUCAACCUGGUGUUUGACUUUGCAAGGCUCCUGGGCUCCCAGCUGGUGCAGUACCCGAUGCUGAACAUAUGCCAUGGUGCCCCAUUUAGUAUGAGGCAGUAUCUUCAGCGCCAGGCCUUGCUCUUACAUGGAGAAGAGGCCCGAUCUCUUGCACACACACCAAAGAUCUUGCAUUUCCUCUGCAGCCUGUUAACAUCCCUCGCCCAGGGAACAUCCAGUCCUCCAGAAGUUUGUCAGGAACUUGAGAACAAAGCAGCCAUUUUGGUUCUUCAGCAGGCUGUGAGGAAUAUUUUGGUUCUGCAGCGAUAUUUACCUGUCCUGGUGGAUGGGGAGGAUUCUUGCGAGUCCGUCUCUUCCUGGGAUGAGCCUUUUGGAUUUUUAGAAAGGAAGAGAGAAAUGCUUUUGUUCAAGCGCAGUUACAGUGAAUCAGACCUCAGCAAAAUUUCUCUGAACAACGAUAUUAAAUUUAUUCACUGCUCCACACUGUUUGGGAAUGGUGGUAAAGUCAGUAAUGGAAUUGUGAGUCAUAUAAGAAAGGAGGAAUCAACAAAUCCUUCCUUCACUGUUUUGAUAAAUAAGACUAACUGUGCAGCAGACAGACAGACACACAUCCCACCAUCAAAUCAUCACUUUGGUAAGCCUAGUACUGGCAAGAGGGCAAUGUGCAUAAUGAAAACAUCUCAGGGUUUCCCAAAAUUCAGCUCCAAUAUAGAGCUCUGUAAAAAUUACAAGUAUGGAAAAGCAUCAUUAACAUCGAGAGCUGUUGCUAAAGCAAUGGCACAAAAGGAACCCACAGACUGCAAAAUCCAGGAAAGAGCUGCACAAUUACAGGAGGAACUGAACAUCAGUGCUUAUGGAUGGGCCACACUGGCCAUGGAGACGGAACCAAAAGUUCUAAGUGCUCUGAUGUGGAUCUGGUUAGAAAAACUAAAGGAUCCUGUCCUGAGUGCAGACGACAUAAGUAAACUAACAAGUACGCCUGGCCCAAAUCCCCUAAAAAUGCUGCACAAGUCUCAGCGUAGCACUCUGUGUUGUUUGCUGAGCUGUGUGUCUCAGGUGACGUCUCACUGUCCACACUUUGAAAACGCAAUCCUGCGGAAGCUUAUCAAGGCACUGACCAGGUACCUUACAGAAGAAACAGAGAGCUACAACACAUUGAUGAAGGUGUUUAGAACCAUAGUAAGAGAUAUGCAAAGUCUCUCACGCUUCUACGUGGCUACAGGGACAACGUCGGCAAUCGGAAAAAAAUCUUAA